GUGUUUUUUUCUCUAAUUAAUUACAGUUCCAUUCACUGUCUUACAAAUUAUGUUUUAACUAAGAUUCAAUUUGAGUUUUGCGGUUAGAUGGAAAGUCAGUGCUGCAGAGGUUUUUGGAAGGCUUUUGUAACACCCAUUGUCACUUGUCAAAUGUUUUGUUUUGUGUCUUUGACCACAGCUGGAUUUAUGAGGACAAAUUGUACCUGGUACAUUUGAUCAUAAUUACAACCAAGUCUUUAAAAUCUUUUUAAGAUAAAAUUAAAUGUAUUAUUCUAUAAAUCUUUAAGUGCUUACAGUGAGAUCAGCUCCCAAAACACUUAGCACCUGCAUGUCAGAGAAUCCUUGUUUAUUUAACUAUAAUUUUUUUUGUAUUUUAUGGGCUUAAUACUUAGUUGUUAUGCAUCCAUGUUUUAUAAUUCUAUCAUGAAAAAAUAUUUUUGCCUCUGUUGCUAUAAUUAAUAUUGAUUUAAGGUUCACUAAUCAACUUUCUCCAGAGUUUUUAACUGCUUCAUUUGCUGAUUAAAACUAUGUGCUCUGUGAAAAAGCUAGUAGGUAAUGUUGACAUUGAGUUUCAAGAGUUUUGGAUAUUUAAUUUAAAAAAAAAAUUACAUUAUGCUAUUGAAACACGAAUCACUCAAUCUAAAUGAACUGUAUACAUGUAAAAUGCCAGGGUAAAUAGUUAAAAUUGAAUUUCUUGUCUUACUGUUGAAACUCAAGACGAGAGGAGAGAAAGUGGAUUUUAAGUGAAGAACAGAGCUGAGUUGUGACACUUUUAUUUUGAAAAGAGGAAACGCAUACGAGUUGAGGAAGCGGGUGUUUGCGUUCCAACAGCGCAUGCUAGCUAAAAAAAACAAAAACAAAUAUCAUUAUUUUACAUCUAUUUCUCAACGCUACAGCAGUCACCUCGCAUUAAUGGAGGUUAUCGGGUCAAUAGAGAAAACUAAAGACCCAAGCCUGCCUCUUGCAUUCCUUCGCCUCCUGGUGCCUCCACUGCAGCUCCUGUCUGCUGCUAUGUGGCAGCUGGCAAAGCAGAAAGAUGUGAUGAAGUAUGAUAAGCUGCAGGAGUUUGUGUUCAUGGUGACAGAGGCAGUCCCCGGACUGAUCAACCACAAGCAGAGAGCUCAGCUCAUUCUGGGGCUAAGAGCAAGGUUGAUUCUGGAGCUUUGCAAAGGCACGGCUCGAGGUUCUGUUGAUGCUCCGGUGAUCCAGAGCUAUUUGGAUAGACUCCCAAUAACCUCUGCAAACACAGAUCAGUGCAGGGACACAGAGGUGAAAGCAACAGAGUCCACUUUUAUUGCACUUGUUGAGAGCCUGCUGAAGGAUCCUGUUGAGAGAGCGUAUUUCUUCCAGGAGGUGUUCCCAGUGGAAUAUGGGCCACAAUAUGACGCCGCUCUACAUGUGUUAUUGUGGGAGCUGCUCUCAAAGCUGGAAAAGCUGCUCCCAGUACCAGACUUAAAACAGACCACCGCCUGGUUCGGCUCGGCUCCUUCUGUGUUGGAGGAAUGUGUCCAGUCCUCACCUGAAGAGCUGGGUUUAAUCUUCGAGCACUACAAAAGUAUAGGACUGCUGAAAAUGCCAUAUGGCCCUUCAUCCACCAUCGGCAGCUGCAUCAUGUCUGCUUUAUCCAUUCCUCCCUCGCAAAGGACAAACAUCUCUGUUGGACUGGAAUCAAUCCACAACUACGCUAAUGUGCUAAACCCCGUCACCUUUGUCGGGACAGAUCAGUACAGCGUUGUUGCUGUCUACACCGAGGUGGAAGCUGGGGAAUCUGAAGUCGAUGAAGAAAUGAUCGAGUCAGCUGAAGUGCAAGUUCAAACCGAUUUCUACGAAGAGGAGAUAGUGGCUGUGAGCGCAGAUAACGCCGGCGGUGAGGAGACGACCACCUUAAGGACAGAAGAAACAACUGAAACUGUGGAUGUCGCCAAAGCUCUGGACACUCUGACGAAAACUUUCGCACUGAGGAAGGAAAGCCUCGGGCAAGAUGUAUUGACAGGAAAGAGUAAUGAUUCAUCCCUUAAUGACGAGCCUGGAUCAGGAAAUGCACCAGACGAAAGAACAACAAACGAAGGACAUAAAACAAGCGACCAAACUGAUGAGAAGAGAGAAAAUGUUCAAGAGGUGAAGGAGGAUUUUCAACAUGGAGGCACAGAGAGCAACAUGAACUCAUGUACAGACUUGGAGGAUGAUCACAAAGCUUUUUCUGUCCAUGAAGAAACAGAUGUCCCCAGUGAGGAUCCAUUAUCUGAAACACAACAGUCUUCCAGUUCAGAGAAUGUGCGCCGAUCGACUCGUCUACAAAUAAAAUCCUCACCCAGCUGGCAGGAGAUGUGUAAAAUCCAGAGCAGGAGCAAAGCUGAUGUAUCUCUCACCCCCUCUGUUAUAGCCGUCAAAGGCAACGACAAAGAUGGUUCGGAUGAGAUGAUGUCCAUCAUCUUCACCUGCUCACAGUGUCCCUUCCACAACUCGGACAAAAACAGCCCUCCUCACUUCCACAUGCAGAGUGUUCACUCUGAAGUGUACAGGACUCUCUCAGGAGCCAAAUUUACUCCGUCUCCCUCCAGCACAGAUGAAAUAUUUACAUCCAUUAAACUUUUACCCACAGGAAACACAGAGGGGAGCGAAGCAGAGCAGCCAGACAAUCAAAGCAAAGUCAAUGCAUCUCAGUCCCAAAGCAGACAGAGGGCCCUCACGUGUGAGACGUGCGGCAAGACGUUCACCCGGUCGUCAGACGUGAGGAGACACCAGCUCACUCACACCGGAGAAAGACCGUUUCUUUGCUCGCAGUGUGACAGAACCUUCCAGCACUCGUGGGAUCUGGCCAAACAUGAGAGUAAACAUCACGGCGUGGCCAUUUCUUUCUCCUGCCAGGUGUGCGGGAGCUCCUUCGCUAACCUCCGCGCACUCACCGUCCACCACAAGAAGUCUCACUCACAGGAGAGCCAGCUUCCUCAGAUCUGCUCCAUCUGCAGCUACAGUUUCUCCACUUCCUCCGAACUGCUGGAGCACAGGAAGUCUCACAUCAUCACCAAACGCUACAUAUGCCAGAAGUGCGGCGAAGGCUUCGAUACCCUGCUCGCACGCUCCCAGCACCGGCAGAUCCAUCAAGUGAAGAGUCAGUUUAAGUGUCCACAUUGUGAGAAGACGUACACCCGGAGAUCUGAUGUGAAGAGGCAUCUGUCCACACACACUGGGGAGCGACCUUACCAGUGUAACCAGUGCAGCAAACGGUUCUCGCUUCGCUUUAUGCUCAUUAAACAUCUCCGUGUUCACACAGGGGAGCGGCCUUUCCAGUGCUCCCACUGCCCCAAGAGGUUCACCCUGGUGUCUGUGCUGGCCAGACACGAGAGGAUGCACACUGGGGAGAAACCCUUCCUCUGCUCUCAGUGUGGGAAGGGCUUUUUAUCGCAGGGAGAGCUUUCGAAACAUCACAGGUCACACGUGGACGACAGGCCCUACUCCUGCCCCCAGUGUGACAAACGUUUCAAAAGCAAAAAAACCCAACAGGAACAUAUCGUCUCCCACACCGGGGCCCGCCCGUACUCCUGCGCCUACUGCGGGAAGGGCUUCACCAAACCGUACGCACUGACCAGACACAAUCUCAUCCACACAGGAGAGAGGCCGUUCCCCUGCGGACACUGUGAGAAGUCGUUUCUCACCCUCAGCGAGGCUCAGCUGCACCAGCGUAUUCACACAGGGGAGAGGCCGUACCCCUGCAACAUCUGCGAGCUCAAGUUCAAGAGCUCGUCAGAGCUGGCGCGACACAAGCGCAGCCAUUCGGGGUUGAAGCCGCUGAAGCCGCACUGUGAGCAGUGUGAGAAAACAUUCACGUCCAAGGCCAAGCUGAAGAAACACAUGGAGACACACAGCGAGGAGGGAGAAGCAGCACAGUCUGUGGACUCGAUACAGCCUGAGAAAAAUAUCAGUGAUUGAAACAGUGAAAAAAAUAUAACAUGUAUCAGGAUGCUUGAGUUUAGAUAUUUAGCUUUAUGAAAUGUGACAAAAACUGAUCAGGAGAGAAACGUGUGUCCACAACUACAUGUCUUCUUGACUAUACUGAUUUUACUAAGUGUAGACAAGGCGUGUUUGGAACUGUAGCACUCUUUUUUAGUAGUUAUUACUUUAACCCCAUUCAAGGAAGUUGGCCACUCAGCUAUAUUCGUAGAGCACAGCCAAGCAGCUGUACAUAUAGUGCGCCUGCUGUAUGGGCCCAGUGAUGCAGAAGCAGUGCCAAUCAUCCAGGUAAUUUCAUACAGUGGAAAUAUAGAGAUUUGGAUGUCAUGUGCCACUGAGCAACUUCCAUAGGUAUGAAUGAAGCCCUGCGGCCAAUGCUGUAUCCAGGUCUCAUAAACAAGUCAUUCUGAGGUAACGAAAACAUGUUUGCUGGUUUCAGGUGACUAUACACUAUUAAAAACAUGGUUAUGAAUAUUUUAUUCCAUUUCUGCUUAUAUAUCCCUCUACAUCCUACACACUGCACUUUAUUUCUGUCGUGUUGAAUUGAAUUAUACUUUAGAGCAGGGGUCGGCAACCUUUACUAUUAAAAGACACAUUAUUUGCCAAAAAAAUGUCUGAAGCUGCAAAACAUAUAGGAAUAAAGGUAACAGUCUAAAUGAGCAUUCAUUAAUAUGAGUAAGUAAGCUUGCUACUCUGCAGUGGUCUAUCCUACUAUUAAAUGGAGAAACCUCUGUCCCUCUGUCCGUCCGUCUGUCAUCAUCUGUUUUCCUCCUCACUGCUUUGACCUAUUUCUCUGAACUUGCACAUCGGCUUUCAUCUUGGUCAUGUGCAGACAGCCACAAUGCCGUUUUUGCAUUUUUCCCACAUUGCUACUGUUUAUAUUCGCGUUUUUUUCCACUACCCGUUCAUACUGUGAGCACCAUUAGCAGCGAGAGCUGCGCGAAUGCGCAGAGACCACUUGGAAAACACCUGCGCUGGGACCACAGUUUAUGGCUGGGACAUGCAAUUUCAAGUGCCAACACUUGCUGAGGUAAUUAUUUUACUGAAGGAACGCGCAUCUGUGUGCGCAAGCCAGCCGUUACAUAUUUUCACUUUACUGACAUUAGCCUACAAACAUUACAAACUAAACAUUGCGCUGUGCACUUUGCACUGUUUCUUUCAUUCUUUCUCCGUGUUGCAUGUGUAUGUGUGUACCUGUGUGCCCGCACACGGCCCCGCGCACACGCGUGCCUCCGUGCCAUCAGCCAAAACUAUGCUCCACGUAUUUUGCCAUAAAGCAUGUUUCUAAAUACAGUGUGCAUUGUUUGUCUUACAUUAAUAUUUAUUACACAGUGCAUUUACAGUGCUCUGAUGUUGCAUCUCCUCUAAUAUACUGUUUUUGAUUUCUUAUUCCUCUAUACAUAACACAUCCCCGGGUAUGGACUAGUU